AUGGGAUUCCAGACAGCACCGAAGCUCAAGACUCCUCUUGGCCUCCAUCGCAUCCUUUCCCCAACCGCUGAAGUCAAGGUGUCGCCAAUUUGUCUCGGCGGCAUAAGCAUCGGCCACGAAUGGAAGUUUUACACCGGCAAAAACGAAGAGCCGUUCAAACUUCUCGAUGCUUUCUACGAAACAGGUGGUAACUUCAUCGAUACUGCCAACCUCUACAACAACCAAGAGUCAGAAAAGCUCAUUGGUCAAUGGAUGGAAGAACGUGAUGUCAGAGAUCAGAUGGUCAUUGCGACAAAAUACUCUGCAGGCUAUCGUGCUUUCGGCGAUAAUCCAGAGCCGUUACAAUCAAACUUUACGGGUAACUCUGUCAAGAGCAUGCAUAUCUCAGUGCGCGAUAGUCUGAAGAAGCUGAGGACGGAUUACAUCGACAUUUUGUAUGUCCACUGGUGGGAUUUUGCGACGCCUGUUGAGGAGGUCAUGAGAGGUCUUCAUGUUCUUGUAAUGCAGGGAAAGGUACUUUACCUUGGUAUCAGCAACACUCCUGCCUCGAUCGUUGUCAAAGCCAACGCUUAUGCAAGACAACACGGUCUCACGCCGUUUUGCGCUUACCAGGGCAACUGGAACGCAGCCCUUCGCGACAUGGAGGGUGAUGUCAUUCCAAUGUGCGAGGACCAGGACAUGGCGAUUGUAUCUUGGGGAUCCUUGGGCACUGGAUCGCUACUCACGGCCCAGCAAAGAAAAGAAAGAGAAGCCGACCCAGAUGCACCGAAGCCUCAGAUCUCAGAUGUCGCGUUAAAAACUAGCGAGGCCCUGGAAAGAAUCGCGGAGCGAAAGGGAACGACACUACAAGCCAUUGCUCUGACGUAUCUCUUCCACCAAUCCACGUACGUGUCCCCCAUCGUUGGGGUCAAUACCGUCGAACACGUUAAGGCUAUGCCUGAUGCGCUGAAGAUCAAGCUAUCCAAAGAAGAGACUGAUGAAAUUCACCAAGCAUCGCCGUCCAAUCCAGGAUACCCCUUGAACUUCACGCAAUAUAUGCAGCCAGUGAAAUAUGACCUGUCAUGGACACCUGCAGAUCACCAGCAGUACCAAAUGGCAGCUUGGAUAGAUGCCCCUCCCAAGCGUCUGCCGUACCAACCGAAAAAUUGGUAG